AUGUCGUACUUCUUCUCCACACCCGUCGACAUUGACGUCGUCCUCGAAAACGCCGAUGACCGGUCCAUGGUCGACGUCAAGCUCGACAAGAACCGCCGUGAAAAGGCGCCGCUGUACAUGGACGGCGAGUCGGUCAAGGGCGGCGUGACGGUGCGGCCCAAGGACGGCAAGCGUCUCGAGCACACGGGAAUCAAGGUGCAAUUCAUUGGCACGAUAGAAAUGUUCUUUGACCGCGGCAACCACUACGAGUUUCUCUCCCUCAACCAGGAGCUCGCCGCGCCCGGCGAGCUGCAGCACCCGCAGACAUUCGACUUCAACUUUAAAAACGUCGAGAAGCAGUACGAGUCGUACAACGGCAUCAACGUCAAGCUGCGCUACUUUGUGCGCGUCACCGUCUCCCGCCGCAUGGCCGACGUGAUUCGCGAAAAGGACAUUUGGGUCUACAGCUACCGCAUCCCGCCCGAGGUCAACAGCAGCAUCAAGAUGGACGUGGGAAUUGAGGACUGCCUGCACAUUGAAUUCGAGUACAGCAAGAGCAAGUACCACCUCAAGGACGUCAUCGUCGGCCGCAUCUACUUUCUCCUCGUCCGCCUCAAGAUCAAGCACAUGGAGCUCUCCAUUAUUCGCCGCGAGACCACCGGCGCCGCCCCGAACCAGUACAACGAGAGCGAGACGCUCGUCCGCUUCGAAAUCAUGGACGGCUCCCCGUCCCGCGGCGAAAUCAUCCCCAUUCGCCUUUUCCUCGGCGGCUUCGACCUGACCCCGACGUUUCGCGACGUCAACAAGAAGUUUUCGACGAGGUACUACCUCAGUCUUGUCCUCAUCGACGAAGACGCUCGCCGGUAUUUUAAGCAGUCUGAAAUCAUCCUCUACCGCCAGGCUCCCGACCACCAAGUCGAGCAGAAUAGCCACGCCCUGGCCGCCCAUCCACCCGAGAACAACGCCGUCGUGGCGGCGGCGGCGGCGACGGCCGAGGCUUAG